UCCAACCGUACGGUCGCGUUGCGUGCGUACUUUCGUGUGCGCUUUCAUUUGCGCUUUCUGUGUGGUUGAAGCUUAGUUUCUUUUCUUGUGUCGUGACAGUGAUUGGUUGUUUUAAAACGCAUAAAGAGCACACCGCAAAAGUGAACAUAAAGUUUCGUGAACCGCUCGUUUGCGAGCAUGUGUCGGCUGCUCAAACACCUCGCGUGACCGUUCGGUGCAUCGAUAAGUGAACCAACAGCAAACAACAAUUAGACAGAACAUACAGAAACCGCAGUGCAGUGCUAGUGAAAACCACGUACGUACCACCAUCACCACAUCAUGCAAUCUCGCGUUAAGCUAACGCUGGUGGUCGUUGUCCUUUGGGCAAGUGUACUGCUCCAUCAUAGCCGUGCCGCACACGCGUCCACCGACUCCGGCCUGCCCGACUUCGAGCUGGACGAUGGCAAGGACGAGGCGGACGACGAGUACUACUACGUGAACGACGGGACCGAUCAGCAGAUGCAACCGUCGCACAAAAUCAUCAGCUACGCUAAACCACCACCGCCACCACCGUCUGCGCCGGACGCCGGCCAGCUGGAUGCGAGCGAACCGUUCCUGAUGGAGGACGACGAUACGAGCUUCGAGGUGAUGGACGAUGUCGACUUUGUCGAGCAGGGUCCGGCCAUGGACUUCCAGCGGAAGGCGGAGCGGAUGAAGCGCAUCAUGCUGAAAGCGUUCGCCAACCGGGAGUUUCAGCGGAAGUUUGGCGAGGUGCUGCCGCUGCUGAAGGUGAUGUCCAAGACGCAAAAGUCGACACUGGCUGCGCUGAUAACGGCGCAGGUCAACUCGCGCGACGGCCACACACUGUCGCUGGAGCAGGUCAAAUCGAUGUUCGGUAACCGGCCGGAGCUGAUUCUACCGCUCGUCUACGACAUUGCCAACAUGAUCCGCACGGUGGCAAAGAAGGAGAGCCUGCUGCACGAUCAGCAAGAGCAGCUGGACCAGGCCGAUAAGGCACUGGUGGAGGAUGAAGGUGUCCUGUCCAAUCAUCUGCUUCGCCGUAGCUUCAGCAUUCGCUCCGAGCCACAUGGGUUUCGGAUGAAUGAUGCUGCACCGCCCGCCGCCGACCUGAAGGAUGGACGGUUGAUGGUUGACGAUCAGGAUACGGCUGAAGUUAAGAUCAUCUCCACAGAAUCGACAGCCAACAACGCCACCCAGGAAGAGACAGUCGGCCGUUCAGCCCGUAGUGAACCACAGCCCUUCUUCGAGAAGCUCGUCCAAGCACUGCCCCGCUUCAACGUACAGCAAACGCACGACAAACGUUCAGACGAUCGUAUGACGUACCACGAGCGUAAGCUCAACAUGACCGCGUUCAACGCAACCGGCAGCCAGCGGGAUCAGCUCGCGAUGGCAUCGGACGGUCCAAUCCCAGUCACCCUGCCCAAAGUGUCACCCAAACAGUCGCGCCCAGUGUCCUCGAAUGCGGUCAGCGUACUACCUGCCACUACGGCCCGCCCGGAAGCAGCGCCCACCAGCGUCACCGAGGAGCAUAAACUAACGCUGGAGGAAAUCGAAGAUCUAGCCUUCGCCGGGCUGAACGGAACGGAAGUGGAUGCGUACGGUGGUGCGGCAUCCACCCUGCCCGGCAAUGGCACAUCGGCUGACGGUGGUGGCCCAGUGGCGGAGAAGCUGAUCGGUGGCCGGCAGCGACCGCCGGCACUGCACACGCUGCAGCCGAGUGAAAAGUGUGAGCACUUCUCGGGCGGUGUUUGCAUCCGGGUCGCCAACUAUCCCACCUCCGAGAUCUUGUACAGCAUCACGCGUCAUCGGCACGCCAUCGGGGCCCUGCUGGCCGAGUACAUUGACAAGGCGAACGCCCAGGACCGCACCGUGUACGAGCCGGACGAGAUAGCGCAGGGCAUCAACACCAAGCUGAGAAAGCGAGAAGAUGACCCAUCCAAGUCCGGUGGCAGCAUGUGCCCCAGCAUCAUCCGGUACGCCCGACCGCAGAAGGCCCGCUCGGCAACUGGGGAGUGGAAGUACAUCGUCAACACGGGCGAACACACGCAGACGCUGCGGUUGGAGAAGUGCAGCACACCACAAGACUCGUGCACCUACCUGACGGACAACUUCCGGUCGCGGUGCGUGCAGAUCUACAACUACCAUCGCCUGCUCAGCUGGGACGCCGCCCGGGGACUGCACGUGGACAUCUUCAAAGUGCCGACCUGCUGCUCCUGCCACAUCGACGGCUACCGGGAAACGUUCCCACCGCUCACCAGCUACAACAGCGACUUCAAGUCGAAGAUCCACGAGGACCCGAGCGAGUCCGCCUCGACCCUGAUCCGCAACACGCACAGCAACCACCACCAGCAGCACCAACACCACAACCACUACUCGACGCUCCAGUUCGAUCAGGUCGACGAGGAGGAGCCGGAAGAUAACAUCGCCUACCAGUUCUCGAACGGGUUCCAGCGCAUCAAGCCACCAAAGUACGAGGGUGCGCUACAUCUCCCUGCGGUGCCUCCACCGCAGCCACCACCACCCCAAGGACCGGUUGGGGCUGGGUUGGGCAAAACUCGCUUCGAACGGCCCCCGAAACAUCCGGCCAUCUCCAAACCGAAGCAUCCACACUUUAUCGCACCACCAACGCUGGACACUUACCUGAGCCCACCGCCGAACGAUCUGGCGUACGGCAUCCCGUUCAAGCGCGGUCCUCACUACACGAACGAGAAUACGCUCAAGCGGGCGGGAAACGUCGCCGGACCUAAUCGGCGACCGUUGCGCAAGACGGCCACCGUACAGCAUCACGCCGACCAGAGCAUUGCCGAGACGGACUCGCGCCUCAACCAGGUCGUCGUACUGCCACCGGGCAAGAUGGACCUACUACCCCAAACGCAAGCGCAAAAUAUCAUCGAAAAACAUCGCCGCCGACAGCAAACUACUGUCCAGCCGCCGCUUACUACGUUGCAGCAGCAGCAGCAGCAGCAGCAACAGCAGCAGACCCACAUAUUCCGUAUAUCACAACCUUCGACACCUUCGAUGGCCGUUAAUCCGACGGUUCCGCUGUCCACCCAGCCGCAGCCACCGAGCACGGCCGGUACGAGCACGACCACGGUCACGUCGACCAAUGGGCACCAGCGCAUCAACUACAACUACCAUCCGAUCAUCGAUUUCUUCGAGGAGGAGGAAGUCCCCGAUGUGACGCAGGAGCAGAUCGAUCGGAUUGGGCUGAACAGUCACUCGUCGCUAAACAGCUGGAAACCGGUCAUUACCGGUCGGCCACGGUUUCACUGACCAUCACACACACACACCAUGGGGAGCAUAAUACUCACACGAUUUCAUGCCCGAAACCCUUUUAGAGAGCUAGCUAAUUUAUAACAACGACAACAAAACAAACAACCCUACCGCGUUUAAGUGUUAAGUGUUAAGUGCAGCUAUUAAUUGUAGGAAAAAGUUCACUCCGGAGAAAAUCCAGAUCACGCUUUUGUAUGUUUUUUUUCGUCGCUUUUGACCCGAACGAGGAAGAGUGGAGGAUAAUGAGCAGAGCUGACAAAGCGACGCGCUACCUUGCCAAGCGCAUUUUCGGUAUCGAAAUGUAGACAAAUGUAUUCGUACCAGUGAAUGGGACAAUGAUACAUCUUUCUUUCGGUGAAAGAUGCAGAUUUAGAUGGGGAAAUUGCGUUACUUUUGACCAAAUUUGGAAGCAAAUAAAGGUAUCGCUGUGAUUAUGAGAAAAA